GUAUUGAACAAUGCUGAGAGAUUCACAGAUGGGUUUUCCAUUAUGGAGCAAGACAGGGAUCUUCUUAUGAAUUGGGUUCAUCUGCAGCAGAAGAGGACUUUUUUCUUGGAGGUUCUCUUCCCUGUAUUGAUGGCUGAAGAGGGUCAAGGGAGAAGCUAUUGGAGAUGGAGCAAACAGGAUUUCUUCCCUGAACAGUCCUUCCAAACCUGGGGUAGCUACGGAUCAGCACUCUCACAGACAUGUUUCCGAUUCAAGGAUCGUCUACUGGACCGCUCCACCGAGUCGAACGAGUUGGAAGUGUUGAGCAGACAGAGCGAGAACAGCAUGAAACGAUGCCUCACAUGGUGGGAUCUCAUCUGGCUAAGCUUUGGUUCUGUAGUCGGCACUGGCAUCUUCGUUCUCACAGGUCAAGAAGCUCACAACCAUGCCGGCCCUGCCAUUGUUCUAUCUUAUGCCGCUUCAGGUCUCUCUGCCUUGCUCUCUGCUUUCUGCUAUACAGAAUUCGCUGUUGAGAUCCCAGUUGCAGGUGGGUCUUUCUCUUAUCUCAGAAUAGAAUUAGGAGACUUCAUCGCAUUCAUCGCUGCCGGUAACAUACUCUUAGAGAGUAUCGUGGGUGCUGCUGGACUCGGUCGAUCUUGGACUUCUUAUUUUGCGACUCUGAUCAACCGUGAACCCGAUUCGUUACGAAUUAGAGUCAGCAAGCUUGGAGAAGGGUUCAAUCUAUUGGACCCAAUUGCAGUGGUUGUACUAAUAACUGCUUCGACUAUUGCCAUAACUGGGACUAGGAAGACAUCGUAUGUGAAUUGGAUUACAUCUGUGCUUAGUGCUGUGGUUAUUCUGUUUAUAAUUAUUGCUGGUUUUGUUAAUGCCAAAGCAUCAAAUAUGACCCCUUUCUUACCACACGGAAUAGAAGGGGUGUUUCAGGCUGCAGCCGUUGUGUACUGGGCUUAUACAGGUUUUGACAUGAUUGCUACAAUGGGAGAAGAAACUAAGAAACCCUCUAGGGAUAUACCUUUGGGUUUAGUGGGAUCUAUGUCAUUGAUCACUGUUCUCUACUGUGUUAUGUCUCUGUCACUCUGUAUGAUGCAGAAGUCUUCUGAGUUGGAUGUGAAUGCAGCUUAUUCUGUGGCAUUUCAGAGUGUGGGAAUGAAAUGGGCAAAGUUCUUGGUGGCUUUGGGGGCACUGAAGGGGAUGACUACUGGCUUGUUGGUGGGUGCUCUCGGUCAGGCACGCUAUACUACUCAGAUUGCUCGAGCCCAUAUGAUACCACCAUGGUUUGCUCUUGUCCACCCAAAAACUGGAACACCUAUUAAUGCUACACUUUUGGUAACACUUGCUAGUGCAUGUGUGGCAUUGUUCUCAAGUUUGGAUGUCCUGUCAAGUGUUUCAUCCCUCAGUACACUCUUCAUUUUCAUGCUUAUGGCUGUUGCAUUGCUUGUGAGGCGAUACUAUGUGAAGGAUAUCAGUACAAAGUUUGACCUUUUCAAAUUGGUUAUCUGCCUAUUGACAAUUAUUGGUUCUGCAAUUGGAACCACGGCUCUCUGGAAUUCGAAUUAUAGAGGAUGGGCUGGGUACACAGUAACAAUGGCAAUCUGGCUUAUUGGGACAGUGGCUAUGUAUCUUCUUCCUCAGCAGAGAGUACCAAAAGUCUGGGGUGUCCCUCUGGUCCCAUGGUUUCCUUCUUUGUCAAUUGGGAUAAAUACAUUUCUUAUCGGAUCAUUAGGUUACAUCGCUUUUGUGAGGUUUGGUAUCUGCACUGCUCUGAUGUUGGUUUACUAUGUAUUUUUUGGUCUGCAUGCAACAUAUGACAUGGCUCAUCAGAAUCCACAUGAACCAGGAGUUCCUAUGGAAGGGAAAAUAAUUACAUAGAUGAUUCUCAAGGCAAUGAUGACUUUAUUUUCUUUCAUUAAAAUGAUAUCCUUAUUUUAUUUUUAACAAUGUCACUGACUCUUGAAAUAGAUUUUUGUGAAUUGAACAGGCAGUUAGAUAUUGCAAUCUUUCUUUUUCCAAACUCAUUGGUUUUUCUAUUUCUGCAUUGUACAAUAGCUAGGAAUGAGCAAUAAACAAGCUUAAUUUCUCUGAAAGUUUAAGCUUUCUAUAUGAAAUUAAAGCUAUGUUCUAAAUUCCA